AAUACUCGUGUUUGCCCUCAUGUCUGUCGUUAUAAGAAGACGAUGAAUGUCUUUACAAGUGCAGUAGUUGGAUUCUGUCAUUUUAACGCAGUUGCUGUUUCUGUGACGGAGUACUGAUGAUUUCGGGUUUAAUCAUGGAACAAAGAAGAUACGAGGGAGGAAGGGCGCGAGGAUAUCUGGUCGGCUGCGUGGUCGCGGUGCUUUUGUGGAGCGUGGCCUCGGCGCAAAUACGAUAUUCAAUCUCUGAGGAAGUGAACGAAGGAACUGUGGUUGGAAAUAUAGCGAAAGAUCUGGGAUUAGAUAAAAGCACGCUGACAGAAAGAAGGUAUCGGAUCGUUUCCAGUAACGCGGAUCCGCUUUUCCAUGUAAAUCAGAACGAUGGCAUCCUGUAUGUGAGCCGAAAGAUUGACAGAGAAGAGGUGUGCGCACAGAGCAGUACGUGUUUAAUAAAUCUGAAAACUGUGUUAGAAAACCCGCUGGAGGUCCACUACGUGGGAGUGGAAGUUCUGGAUGUGAAUGAUCAUUCUCCCAGUUUUCCGGAGGCAGAGAAACGGUUGGAGAUUUUUGAGUCCGUGUUGCCUGGAGCACGAUUUCAGCUAAAAGCCGCACGGGAUUCAGACAGUGGUCAUUUCUCCGUACAGCAAUAUAAACUCAACCAGAAUGACCACUUCCGUUUGGAGGUUAAGGAUAAAGGAGAAGAUGGUAAAAUACCGAUAUUGGUGCUGCAAAAGUCUUUGGAUAGAGAAGCAGCAGGAAGUCACUCAUUAGUGCUGACAGCGCUGGAUGGAGGGAAACCUCCGAAAUACGGUGAAAUUAAUAUUCUAGUUAAAGUUUUAGAUGUUAAUGAUAACACACCUAUCUUUUCAAAGGAUGUUUACUCUGCUACGCUGUCUGAAAACGCUCCAGUAGGGACUACCAUCGUGCAAGUUAAUGCAACUGACUUAGAUGAAGGUCAGAAUGGAGAGGUGUUCUACUCAUUUGGUGACAGCGUGACAAAUAAACUACUUAAACUUUUUGAUAUCGAUCAAUCAUCCGGUGAGAUAAUUGUCAAAGGACUUAUAGAUUAUGAGCAAAGGGACAAAUACGAAAUAGAAAUUGAAGCAUCAGAUAAAGGUCUGGCUCCAUUAACUUCAGAAAAAAGCGUCAUUAUUAAGAUAGUAGAUAUAAAUGAUAACGCACCUGAGAUUGAAGUUACCUCAUUUUCAAGCUCCAUCCCUGAAGAUUCCAGACCUGGAACUACAGUUGCUCUUAUCAGUGUAAAUGACUUGGACUCUGGUCUGAAUGGAAAAGUCAUUUGCUCCAUAAGUGAUGAUGUUCCUUUUACAUUAUCACCAUCCUUACAAGACAACAUGUAUUCAUUAGUCACCAAAUCUCCUCUGGACAGAGAGAAACAGUCACAUUAUGAUCUAACAAUAACUGCAAAAGACGCUGGUCAACCUCCAUUAUCAUCUGAAAAGACAAUCAGUGUUGUGGUGUCAGAUGUGAAUGACAACAGUCCAGAGUUUUCACUGAGUCCAUAUACUUUCUAUGUCACUGAAGCUAAUGAGCCAGGUACCUCUGUGUUUUCUGUCAAAGCUUUUGAUCGUGAUGAGAACGACAAUGCUCUGAUAUCCUAUCAUAUUCUCAGAGAUGGAAGCCAAGAAAAUAAAUUGGCCUCAUUCCUAAGUAUCAACUCUGAUAACGGACACAUCACAGCUCUAAAAAGUUUUGACUUUGAAGUUCUGAAAAAGUUCCAGUUCCAAGUUGUGGCCACAGAUUCUGGAACUCCGUCACUGAGCAGCAACGUCACAGUGAACGUGUUCAUUCUGGAUCAGAACGACAACGCUCCAGUCAUCCUGUAUCCAGUCAGCUCCAACGGUUCUGCUGAAGGUGUGGAGGAGAUUCCCCGCAAUGUGAACGCAGGACACUUGGUGACUAAAAUCAGAGCCUAUGAUGCUGAUAUAGGAUAUAACGGCUGGUUGCUCUUUUCACUGCAGGAAGUCACUGACCACAGUCUCUUUGGUUUGGACCGCUAUACAGGACAGAUCAGAACACUUCGCUCAUUCACAGAGACAGACGAGGCUGAGCAUAAACUGCUCAUACUGGUCAAAGACAAUGGGAACGUUUCUCUCUCAGCAACAGCUACUGUCAUUGUCAAACUGGUGGAGCCCAAAGAGGCUUUUGCUGCCUCUGAUGUUAAAAGUGCCACUAAAGUUGACGAGGAGGACAAUGUGACAUUUUAUCUGAUGAUAACUUUGGGCUCAGUCUCUGUACUUUUUAUCAUCAGCAUCGUCGUGCUGAUUGCGAUGCAGUGCUCCAAAUCCACAGACUAUACUUCUAAAUAUCUCCAAGAGACUAAUUAUGACGGGACUCUGUGUCACAGCAUCCAGUACAGAUCUGGAGACAAACGCUACAUGUUAGUUGGACCCAGAAUGAGUAUAGGAUCUACUAUAGUCCCUGGCAGCCAUGCUAACACUCUAGUGCUCCCUGACAGGAGGAGGGGAUCUGGAGAGGUAAGACUUUUCUUUGUGAAAGUCCUGGCUUGUUUUCACUCAUGA